AUGCUCAAAGAGGUUGAGGCAAACAAGUUAGGCCAGUCCCGCCUACGGGAAACUGGCAAGGUCUUCAGCAUUAAGAUGACGUCUAAACUGAAAUGGUUCAUCUUCAUCCAGAUGUUACUCGUUACUUCUGUGUCUCCUUACUCUCUCACAAACCACCAGAUAGAAGACACCAGCAGCAGCUCUGAGAGGAACCAUGUUCUCCUCUGGUCUCAGCAGGAGAGGAGUCAGGCUGCUGGUCGUGUGAUAUCACAACUCAAGGAGAAGUUCCAAGGACAAAACCAGGAUUACCUGGGCAUUCAGGGCAGAGUUAGCUGCAAGGAGCUAACGGCGGCUAGCACGAUGGACGACUCUCUUUCCUACAACUUGCCGCGAGAGCUGCUGGGCCUGAGUUUGGUGCCAGUUCUGGUUGUUGCAAACUGUGAAAGAGAAGCUCUGGUUCUGGUGCAGAAACUGUACGAGCUCCUGGGGAUGUCCCACACCGACCAGCUCUUGCUCGAUCUGGAGCAGUUAAUGGAGAAGAGGUUAUCCAAGAUGGCGACUUCUGCAGAAAGAAACCACAUUGAACAAAACAUGGACCUGGUGAUGUUUAAUAUUCGGCAGCUGGCUCAAGACGAGGACAGCAGUGAUCGCUGUAACGGCUGGAUCAGGCUGAACCGGACCAUGCUCAUUGGGUCCAUGGCAGAGGGCUCUGAUUGGCCAACUCUGGAGGAGGCGCUGCGACAGUGCGAACAUUUGGGAGGGCGGUGUGUGGGAGUCACUCACACAGGCCGACGGAGUGCGUACCGAGCACUGCUGAGGAAAGGCAGCCGGAUCCUUCCCUCGGACUCGGAAUCGUGGGUCCAGAGGUGUCAAAGUCUGAGAAACCGGGUCAGACGCAGCUCUUGGCGCAGUUGCACGGAUGCCACCGAGCGGCGAGUGUACGGCGUGGUGCAGUGGAUCCCAGGCGUCAGCACACUCUACAACCUGGGCACCGCUGUGUACUACGCCUCUCUGCACUGCACCCACACGGCCAGAGAGCGGGCCAUCUUGUCAGCUGUGGAUCUGGGAACGGACGCUCUGAUGGUGGUGACAGGGGGCGCAGCGGGAGGAGCGGGGUAUGCACUGGGGGUGGGGCUAAAGACUGGGGUCAAAGCUGGAGUUAGGUUCAUGAUGACGGAGGAGGAUGACAUCCUGGUGAAUCAGUUCAGAUGGGACGACUCUGUGGCGUUUCAGCCGUGA